AUCGCGACCGCGUUGCCCGGGCCCGGGCCCGGGCGCGCUCAACUGUGCUCCUGCCAAAUUUGAAUUGUGUUUGUGUGCUGACAGCUGCAUGCAUUAACAGUACCCUUCUCUUGAGUGCAGACGCAACCUGGAACUACUAUACUACCCAUCGUUGACAGCUCCGCCGGGCUUUUCGCCAACUGCUCCUUUUGUCAUCCGUAAUGUCUCCGCUGGAUAUAUCGGACUCUGAAAAAGGCAUGUCUGUAGAGAUCCUGACAAGGAAUCUGCGCUUCCCCAACGCAAAUGUUACCGCGAUCGAGCUGCUCACUUUCCUCCCGGGCUGUCUCAACUCUCCAGACAUAGUCUAUCGCUUCGCAUCAAACGGUAUCUCGUUAGAUGCCAUCCUUUCCAUCGUCAACACCAAUCGUAUGCUCGAGCAACAAUGGACCGCGGAGUACUGCUACAGAACGGUGCGAAAUGCUAUGAGGCAUGCUGGCCACAGCGACUGGACUCUCAAAAAGCACCUACAGUACUUCGCCGAUAAGCUGCGUGGUUGGAAUGCAACAAGCUUGAGUGUGAGUGGCUUCAGAGCCUCGUUGAGCAUUUCUGACAAGCGCAAACCUGACGCCGAUGUACGGUUUGCUCGUUUGGCGGAUGGUGUCAAGCAUAUGCCGGAUGGCGAUGACGCGCUGGACUUGACAAGAAUGAUCCAGCACUGUGUCCAAAAUCCGUCUGAAGAGUGGCUGUACCCUUCCAACUACGACAUGUUGCUUGCGCACCUCGGAGGUCCGACGCACCCUGUUGCGGCAAACAUGGAUCGUCCGAUCUUCGAGCGCUGGGAACAUGUUAUACCUCAUGUACCUCGCAGGAAUAGGCCAUCUGAGCUAACUACACAACCGAAAAAGCGUGGACGCUCAGGUACGCCACAAACCGACGGGGAAGCACCCAGGCGGUCAGGUCGUCGAGGGCGCCCGUCACUUAAAAGGCGUGAGCUCCAAGAAGACUUCUUGGGAGCUGACGAUAGCGGUAUCGAAGACCAAGUCGAAGAGUUUGUGCCACCAUCCACGCCGUGGGUGAAGCCGCCUGUCAUUGGUCGUGCCGCGAUGUCGUUCCAAGCUCUUCUAUAUGACUUCUCAGCACAGCCGUCACCCAAAACCGAUGACACGUUUGACGCAUACGCCUUCGGUUACGGCCCACGCACAAUGGCGCCCUUUCGUCCACUUCAUCUUAUCACCAUCAAGAGCCUGAAAUUCGAGGACCUAAGCUGCUGGGCAGAGAACCUCCGGUGGGCUGCCGAGCAACAUACCACUUUUGGUGAGACUGGGUGGACAGAGUGCCCAGAGCACAUGGAGCGCAUCGCUCAGUUUCGUUGCGAGCAAACCUGGGCAUCCGCCGAACUUGUCAUCUCCAUCGAAGAUCAUCAACAAGAAGAGGAGGAAGAUGCGGCUUGGUUGGAGGCAAUGAUUGAGGGCACACUGGCCUCGAUGCGCAGGCGCGAUGUCGACCCACAUAUAAGCAUUCAGGGAGACAUUGACGAAGAGUACUUCGAUGCGGAAGGCAGGCUGAAGUUCAGACCGCGCCCAUAGCCACGUCGCUGAGGGUAUCACCAACCAUACUGAUCACGCAAGCAACCAGCUUAUCAAGUUGCAAUGUGCUAUCGAAUUUUGAAGGAGA